UUUUCUUCACUUUUUUUCCCUUCUCUCUCUUCCUCCGUUUCCCCCCCCCCCCCCUUUUUUUCCCUAUCUCAUAGGGUUUCCAUCCACCUUCUUCUUCUUCCAUUCUCUCAUGCAUUGUCAUUCACAAUCUCAUUCUGAAUUCCUCUUGAUCUUCUUCAUCUUCAUUUCCUCCUUAUUUUUUGCUCUCUUUCGAGGGUUUUUCGGUUCAUUUCCGUCCAGAUUCCACCACCUCCCGUGGUUUUUUCACCUAUACUCAUGUCGAAGCUCUUCGCCUUUUCCGGUAGUGAAGAUUUUUGCACUGGAGGGUCAAUAUACCCAAAUCCCAAGGACUCCAGUUUAUUCUUGUCCCUUCCUCACCACGUUGAUGUCUAUUUUCCUCCUCGAAAGAGGUCUCGCAUCACUGCUCCAUUUGUGUUUGGUGGAGAAGAAGUUGAAUCAAAAGCAAAUGUUUCUAUCGAGAUUCUUCCGGAUGAGUGCCUGUUUGAGAUUUUCAGACGGUUGUCUGGUGGCAAAGAAAGGAGUGCCUGCGCAACCGUUUCUAAACGAUGGCUAAUGCUUUUGAGCAAUAUAUCUUCCCACGAGUUGAAAUCUGAGGAUGUGGUGGCUUCAAAGGAGGUUGAAGACAUUGAAAUUGAGAGUGAUGGAUAUCUGUCUAGGAGUUUGGAAGGCAAGAAGGCGACAGAUCUCAGACUUGCUGCCAUUUCAGUUGGAACUGCAAGUCGAGGGGGUUUAGGCAAGCUUGUGAUUCGUGGAAAUAAUCAUGUCAGUAAGGUUACAGACCUCGGACUUAAGGCAAUUGCUCGUGGGUGUCAAUCGCUGAGGGCUCUUUCUUUGUGGAAUCUUUCUUCUAUUAGAGAUGGAGGUCUUUGUGAGAUUGCCAAGGCGUCUCACCAGUUGGAGAAGCUUGAUCUCUGUCGAUGUCCUGCUGUAUCUGACAAGGCUGUGGUUGAAAUAGCAAGGAACUGCCCGAAGUUGACUGAUAUUACAAUUGAAUCUUGUGCGCAAAUUGGAAAUGAAAGUCUGCGGGCUAUUGGGCAGUUCUGCACCAAGCUGAAGUCUAUUGUGAUUAAAGAUUGCCCACUCGUUGGAGAUCAGGGAAUUGCUAGUUUGUUGUCUUUGAACACUUGUGCCUUGAAUAAGGUAAAGCUUCAGGCGCUGAAUGUUUCCGAUGUGUCCCUUGCUGUUAUUGGGCACUAUGGCAAGGCAGUGACGGACCUUGUCCUUACCGAUCUUAAAAAUGUUAGUGAAAAAGGGUUCUGGGUCAUGGGUAAUGGUCAUGGACUACAAAAAUUGAAGUCAUUCACAAUUUCCUCCUGCAAUGGAGUGACAGACAUGGGCCUUGAAUCUGUUGGAAAGGGUAGUCCAAAUUUAAAGCAUUUCUGUCUUAGGAAGUGUUCGUUUUUAUCUGAUAAUGGCCUGGUCUCUUUUGCAAAAGCUGCAAGGUCGCUAGAAUGCUUGCAAUUGGAAGAGUGCCACAGGAUCACUCAGUUUGGAUUCUUUGGUGUCGUUUUGAACUGCAGUGCAAGUUUGAAGGCUCUUUCUCUCAUAAGCUGCUUGGGAAUUAAGGACAUUAACUCUGAAUUGCCUAUCCCAGCCUCUAGUGGAUCCUUGCGGUCGUUGACCAUUCGCAACUGCCAUGGUUUUGGCAACAGAAACCUUGCUUUACUGGGCAAGCUAUGCCCCCAGUUGCAAAAUGUUGAUUUUAGUGGACUUGUUGGAAUUGAUGAUUGUGGAUUUCUAGCUUGGCUCCAAAACUGUCAGUCGGGUUUAGUGAAGAUCAAUCUUAAUGGUUGUGUCAACCUGACCGACGAGGUCAUUUCAUCCAUAAUGGAGCACCAUGGUUGGACCCUUAAAAUGCUUAAUCUCGACAGUUGUAAGAAGAUCACUGAUGCUAGCAUGACUUCCAUCGCAAACAACUGCCCGUUACUCAGUGAUCUCGAUGUCUCGAAAUGCUCGAUCACGGAUUCAGGAAUUGCAACUCUAGCUUGUGCCAAGCAACCGAAUCUGCAGAUCUUUUCGAUUUCUGGUUGCUCAUUUGUGUCGGACAAAAGCUUGGCAGACUUGAUAAAAUUGGGUGAGACUCUUGUGGGUCUCAACAUCCAGCAUUGUAAUGCUAUCAGCAGUAGCACUGUUGAUCUGCUUGUGGAGCAGCUCUGGAGAUGUGACAUUCUUUCAUAAACGGAUAACAUACCAUACCAAAGCUAGUUGACCGCGAAUGUUCAUAGCUUCAGCCAGCUGUUCCGAGCAGGGGCCACUUCAUAAACUUCUGGGGGUAUAUAUAUAUAUAUAUAUAUAUAUAUAUAUAUAUAUAUAUAUAUAUUUACAAAGGAUCAUCCCAGUCCAUGCAGCAUUAUGGUACUUUUUUUUAGGGUAUAUGGCCAUCUCCCUCUCAUUUUUUUGCAGAUCAUAGCGAUCUGUUGCAUAGUAGAGGGAUGUACCUCUUUCGAUGGCCAAUUUUCCCCAAGAACAACAGUACCAGAAUCUACAUGGCUGGGCAUCGAUGCCUGGAUUCGCCCCACCCCCAAAAGAUGCCACGUUAUUGUAGGUCCAAGCUUUUUUCCAGUUUGCUUCUUUGGUUUCUUUAUAGGAGUCAAGUUCUAGAAAAUAGUAAUGUUGAAUGUUGUCAUGGUUUGGGGUGUGUAGGAUUUUGGUUUAUUAGGGGUGGGUACGGCUUAAAAUGUGAAUGGGUAACUGUUGUGGUUGCUUUGGACAGUUCAAGAACUAUGGUGCCUUGUGGUUUACAUGGGCUUUGGCCAUCACAACCCUUUUGGGUUGAUUUUUUUUGUUUUUGAUGUUAUUGUCAAGCCCUAGUGUUUUGAGGUGCUUCUUUUUUUUUCCUUCUUUGGAGAACUGUACAUGCAACCUCCUCAUUUUACAUGUAAUAAUAACUUUCACACCCUGCCCUUCCUCUUUC